AGUUGACAGUUAGCAUACCGUAGCUCGGUGUCUCCAGUGAGUGUGUGUGUGUCUGUGUGUGUGUGUGUGUGUUCAGGUGUGAACAUGUUACCUUUAUCUAUUAAAGACGACGAGUACAAACCCGCCAAGUUCAACCUGCUGCUCAAGCUCUCAGGAUGGUUCAGGUCGAUCCUCGCGGAUAAAACCUCGCGGAACUUGUUCUUCUUCCUCUGUCUCAACCUCUCGUUCGCCUUCGUGGAGCUGACGUACGGCCUCUGGAGCAACAGUUUAGGUCUGAUCUCAGACUCCUUCCACAUGUUCUUUGACUGCACCGCUCUGCUGGCAGGUCUGGCAGCCUCCGUCAUCUCCAGGUGGAGAUCCAACGACAGCUUCUCCUAUGGGUGUCACGGUCACAGCCACUCUCUGUUUAACGGCAGUGUGAAUCAUGGACACAGUCACGGAGGACACGACCACCAACACAAACACGCAGACUGGCAGAGUCACGGAGGACACGAUGGACACGGACACAGUCACGGAGGACACGAUGGACACGGACACAGUCACGGAGGACACGAUGGACAUGGACACAGUCAUGGAAGACACGAUGGACACGGACACAGUCAUGGAGGACACGGGGGACAUGGACACAGCCACGGCGGCCGUGAUGAGUCACACUGUCAGGACGAGCUGCACACUCCGGGGAAAGGAUCCAGCAAACAGAUCCUGCAGGGGGUCCUGCUGCAUAUCAUCGCCGACACUCUGGGCAGCGUGGGCGUGAUCAUCUCCGCUCUGCUGAUGCAGAAAUACGACCUGAUGAUCGCCGACCCCAUCUGCUCCAUGCUGAUCGCCCUCCUCAUCGGAGUCAGCGUGGUGCCGUUACUGAAGGAGUCCAUCGGGAUUCUGAUGCAGAGAACGCCUCCGUCACUGGACCACGCCCUCCCAGAGUGCUACCAGAGAGUGCAGCAGCUACAGGGCGUCUACAACCUGCAGGAGCCUCAUUUCUGGACUCUGUGUACGGACGUUUACAUCGGAACGCUGAAGCUGCUGGUUGCCCCCGACGCCGACACCCGCUGGAUCCUCAGCCAGACGCACCACAUCUUCACACAGGCUGGAGUUCGACAGCUGUAUGUUCAGAUCGACACGGCCGCCAUGUAGAAGCUCCUGCUCCUCUGAACACCUGGGACCAACCUCUGACCCCGCCCCCUCCCACAGUCACUGGACAGACUGAGACCAGCGGGGGGAGGGGAACUAGACUGAUCUCCCAUGAUGCUCCAGCCCAACUCAAACAACCCCCCCCCUUUUUUAAUCGUACCUGUCCGUGUCGACGGGCACCGUGAUGACCCCCCCUUCCGCACUUUGUAGACUGGAGCAAAGCAUUCUGGGUAAGUGCCUUCAUCAUGAAUCAGAGACAAUCUGAGAGCCCGUUUCCUGUCCGGACGGCCCCCCCGCCCAACCCCUCUCUGACAUCACUGCUGGGACCAGACUGCUGCCAGCUGAUUGGUCUGUGAGUGUGUGAUGUCACUCUGUGUUCUUAACGUGCCAAUCCAUGUGACCAGUCGGUGGGUUUCAGUCUUUUUCAACUGUAAUAAAUAAUUCUGUUUCUCUGA